AUGGGAAUUAAGUACGGAACCUUCUGUAACUUCUUGUUGUCAUUCUUUGAAUUUUUCUGGAAGUUCGUGCGAGAUGCAAAAGCAAUGGCUACCCAUCCUGCUGAUGUGAGGGAGUAUUCGAACUGUUACCUGUUCAUAGUGGACAUGCCUAGCCUGAAAUAUGAGGAUAUUAAAGUGCAGGUGGAAGAAGACAGUGUGUUAAUCAUUAGUGGCGAGAGGAAGAUGGAGGAGAAAAAAAAAGUGACUAAGUACUUGAAGAUGGAAAGAAGAAUGGAAAAUUUUAUGCGCAAGUUUAGGCUUCCAGAAAAUAUCAACACCGAUGCCAUAUCUGCCCUGUACAAGGAUGGUGUGCUCACAGUUACCGUCAACAAGUUGCCUCCUCCUGAGCCCAAGACUAUUAAGGUGAUUAAGGUGAUUGGUUAA